CUAGCUAAGCGUUCAUCUUCACUGCGACUCUUCUUCUUCUUCUUCAUGGCGCCGGCGUUCGUCGAACGGGACCGGAACUGCGUCUGCGUCAUGGACGCGUCGAGCCGCCUCGGUUACUCCCUCGUCAAGAGGCUUCUUCAGAGGGGCUACUCGGUUCACGCCGCCUCUUACAACCAUGGCGCGUGCGGUGGGAGCCUGAGAAAGCUGGCCGCCGGCGAUGGCCUGCGGCUGAAGGUGCUGGCGGCCGACCCCUUUGACUACCAGAGCAUCGUGGACGCCGUGAGGGGCUGCUCCGGCCUCUUCUACACCUUCGACCCGCCUCAGGGUCAAACCUACGACGAAUUCACGGUGGAAGUGGAAGUCAGAGCCGCGCACAACGCGCUGGAAGCGUGCGCGCAGGCGGAGACCGUGGAGCGGGUGGUGUUCACGUCGUCGGUGACCGCCGUGGUGUGGGGCGGACGCCGCCGGUCGGCCGACGACGACGACGACGACGAUCGCGUCGUCGACGAGAGAGACUGGAGCGAGCCCAAUUUGUGCAAAAGGUUCAAGCUUUGGCAUGCGCUGGCGAAGACGCUGGCGGAGAGGACGGCGUGGGCCCUGGCGAUGGACCGCGGCGUCGACAUGGUCGCCGUCAACGCCGGCCACCCCACGGACCCGGAGCUUGCCGUCGCCGACCUCCAGUACCUCGACGGCGCCCGACAGAUGUACGACGACGGCGUCCUCGUGACGGUCGACGCGGACUACCUCGUCGACGCCCACGUCGCCGCCUACGAGUCCCCCGCCGCUUACGGCCGUUACCUCUGCUUCAGCAACGCCGUUUGCCGGGUACAUGACGCCGUUAAGCUCGCCCAGGCGCUGUCCCCCAAAUCGCCUUCCCCUCCUCCAUCAAGUGACGGAUUGAGGGCGAUACGGACGAGGAUCCAGAACAAGAAGCUGAGCAAAUUGAUGGUGGAAUUCGACGCGACGAGGACCGAGGUGGAAGCGUAGCGCGCCACGUGCUACAUGAAGAUGUAGAGCCGUUGAUUAUUUAGAUUUGUGGAAAAUAUGGAAUUCUAUAAAUGUAUAAUUUAUGCAGUGAGUUUAAUCAUUUAAGAAAGAUUAUGAAUAAGUUCAUGCCGUCAAAUUUGUUCUUAGUCUUUUGGGGAGGAACCGUGUCAUCGUCCUUAUCCAAAUCGAGGCGCUGCUUUUCCGGCGUUCGAUUU